UUAAACAAGCAAAGUCUGAACUGUUAGUUAUUGUCUUGAAAAUGCAAAGCUUGCUUAUAAAAACUGACAUUUUAUUUAUUGUUAAAAGAAUAUGUAUGCUCUGGAGCAUUAUAUAUAUUGCAUAUCCUGGUCUAAGGUUCGUGAUUACAGGGUAUCGGUUAGUCGUGCGCUUUCACUCACAGUAAAUGUUAAUCUUAAGUGUCCUAGAAAUAUGUAGCUGAACAGAUAUAACGGUUUAUUUAAGCAGUUUAAACGCAGCGUGAUUUAAGCUUUCGCAAAGCUAACGCUAACAGUAAAAGCUGAGGAGCGUAGGCAGGAAAAGCUUGCAUGGCUUUUACUGUUACGCCGCUGUUACCGUAUGGCAACUUGUUGUAAACGGACGGAUGCUUCCGGACUCUCGAGUCCAGCGUUGCGAUUUUAGAAUCAUUCGUCAACAGACUCUCGUGCGAUUCGGUUCAGCUUCAGACACACUCCUCUCUCUCGCUCUCCGACAGGCUAAGCACUAAGGCUAAGCAGCAGCUAAAGCAUUCGCUCAGUCAGCAUCACUGACAGUCAGUCAGCGCUUCGUUAGUCAGAGAGGGCAACAACAACUGUUACACUCGCGUACGCAUAACGGUUACAAUUUUGAAAAUUUUGUGUUCUGCUUGCGGAUUUCUGUGAGUGUGUGUGUUGUUCUUCUUCUUUUUUUUUGCCGUGCCAAAGCCAAAGGUGUUUGCAUCUGCCUCAAGCUGAGCCAGACGAAAGUCGAAUGUUUUGAAUUUAUUUUCGAAAACAAAACAAAUUUUGAAAGAAAACAAGUGUCAAAGCUGUAAAGCAUAAACUGCAAAAAACAUAAUAACAAUAACAACAAGUUAAGAAGAGACGUAGUCGGAGUACAGGCCAGCCAAGAUGCGUCGCUCCUCAUUCACGCCCGUGUUCAACCUGAGCACCCAAGAGCCGCUGAUAGUUGUCGAAGAGUCGCAUGCCGUCGAGGACGGCGAUGAGCUGGAAGGUGCUGCUGGUGGCUUCGAUCCGAGCACCACCAAGCGCACCAACAGCGAUGACUCGGAGCCGGACUCGCCGGUUAAUCCGUAUCUGCUGUGCCCCUUUCCCGAUAUGCAGCAGCGGCGCAAGCACUCAUUGCCAUCGCUUCAAAUAACUGAGGGCAUCACCGCCAGCCAGGUGCGCCGGCUGUCCGAGGUGGGCGGCGAAACGGGCGGCCUGAGCCCGAAGGAGGUUGAGUUUUUGGCCACGCUCUCGCAGAAGACCAACCCCACUGCAGGUGGACGCCGUCACUCCGUGGUCACCAUAUCGGCUGUGCCGCCAACGCUUUUUGGACGCAAUCGGCGCGAGUCCAUUUCCGCCGUCUCCUUCAGCGGCAGUCGUCGUGGCAGCGGCAUUGGCGGUCCACCGCUCACCGAUCAUCGCGGCAGCAUACACAACUUGCAGCUGGACAUCAUGGACGGGAUCGUGCAGCAGCGUAAGACGCGCAGCGGCAGCGGCGUCUGGACAGCACCCGUGCUCCAGGAGGCCGACAGCAACGUGCCCGUUCAGACAUAAGCGGCGCGAGCACUCAACACACACGAAUCAAAUUCACGGGCAACUGGACAAUUGGCAUGAGCGCAGGCUAUUUAAUAAUUCGUUUUUAUCGACUCUUUCCGCACACCGAACCUCAAACCACACACACAAAACACAUGCAGAGCUUCUAGCUCUCACUUCCCCUCAUCUGUAUCUGUCACCAAAAUGGGAAAAAAAACAAAAUUUCUAUUUUUCCGCCUUCCUUUUUUUUUUUGCUGCG